GAUGGGAUCAUUGAGAGCGGGCCUAUUAGGAUUUUUCAUAUGGAUUUCUCUGGCACAGAUAAAAACCACUCAGGCACAAGCAGAAUGCAGUAUCAUCGUAUCCAUAAAAUCCACGUCGGCCUCGUCGCUCCUUGUACAGUGGAACAGUUAUCCGGGGGCCACCAAUUACUUUCUGGAUCUGAGGAUGGUGAACUCCAGUACUGUAGCACCGGUGGUCGUCACCCUGCCCGCCUUCAGCACGCAGAAAGAGGUGUUCGGCAUGCGGCCAGGAGCUCUCUACACAGUGGUGGUCAAAGUGUUUCAGUUCUACAGAGUUACGUGCAUGGAUACGGAGAUGGCCAGGACAGUGCCAGACGUUUCUCAGAUAACCUAUUCCAAAGCAAUCUCCAGCACAGCCAUUGCACUAGAGUGGGAGAAAGUGGCUGCAGUGGAUCAAUACUUCCUACUGAUGAACUCAACCGCAAGUGGGGAGCGAUACAACUUCUCUUACACAGGGACCAGCACUGUGGUCCAGAACCUACGUCCAAUCACUUCUUACGACUGUUACAUUUUUUCCUCAAACGCGGCGGGCAUGGGAGCACGAAGCAGAGUCCGUACUGUCAGCACAUUGGUCCAACCCCCAGCAGUGGUCACAGUUGAGCGGCCAUCAAGUCAAUCCUUGCGCAUUAGAUGGCAACCUGUAGACCGGGUGCUGCUCUAUAAGGUCACUGUUACAGAUUCUCGGGGCACACAGCUUGUGAGCACCACCACCUCAUUGACCUUCCUGGAUGUGCAGAAUGUUCUUCCGUGUUCCUUGUACCAAAUCUCAGUUUCCUCUGUGAACACGUUCCUGGAACCUGGAGAAUCGACACAGGUCAACUACACUACAAACACUUUGAGUCCAGUGACGUCUGUGUCGGUGGAUUACAGCUGUGUCAGUGCAUCUGCAACUGUGUCAUGGGGAGCCACAUUUGGGGCUGAAUCUUACCGUGUAAGGGCAGUCAGCCACAAUGGAGUGGUACUUUCCUGCUCCUCCAGUGGAACCUCAUGCCAGCUGACCAAUGUGGGGUGUGGAGGGGACUAUGUGGUCCACGUCAGUGCCAUCGCCAACAACUGUGAAAGCACAGGCAACGCUACUGCAUUGUUCCAGUCAGUGCCGUGUGCCCCUACUAAUCUGGAGCUGUUCCGCGAGUGCAGCAGUAACGUCAUCAUCUUCUCCUGGGCCCCGACUAAUAACACAGCGUUCUACAUUGGACAUGUAGAGGACUCAACCGGGGCCACCCAGGACUGUCUGACCACCGAGACUUCUUGUUUCUUCACUGAGACAGAGUGUGGGCGGCGCUACAGCUUCACUGUCUACGCCACGACUGGAGACUGCAAUGGCGCACCCAGCCAUGCAGUGCACAUACGCACAGCUCCAUGCCAGCCUACCAACAUGAUUUCCAUAUCGGUAUGCCAAACGGACAUUUUGACGAGUACAUGGGAUGGAGCUGCUGGGGCAUUACGGUACAUCGUAGAGGCUUAUGGUAACCAUGGAAAUGGGAGUCGCUACAGCUGCAGCUCAGUGACUAACAGUUGUAUCAUCCCUGGUGUGAUGUGUGGAGAAAGCCUGACAAUGACGAUCACUUCUUUUGAUGACGAGUGUCCCAGUGAGCCUGCUUUAGGAAUGGAGGCAUGGACUGUUCCCUGUGCACCUCAGAGUCUCUCACCCGUUAUGGACUGUAGUUCUGACUCCAUCACUCUUACAUGGGGAGGGGCUGAUGGUGCGUUGAUGUACAUUGCAACGGCAUUGGACACUUCAGGCAAGGGGUACACUUGCACCUCAAUGGAUGGACGGUGUCAGAUCACAGGCCUGCACUGCGGUACCACAUACAGCACCUCGGUCAUCUCCACCAACUUUUUGUGCAACAGCUCUGUCAGUAACAAUGUUACUGUAGAAACAGCUCCCUGUCCCCCAUCUCAGGUGCAGGCUGCGCUGGACUGUGGUGGGAACAAGGCCCUGGUCAGCUGGCUGGGACCACAGGUCACAGCUGCCUAUACAGCAAUGAUGGAGGACCAGAGCGGUGGUCUCCUGAGUUGCAGCACCACGGCCAGCAGCUGCUGGGUGCCCAGCCUUAAGUGUAACCAGACUUAUGACAUCAGCGUAACCUACCAUGAUGGCAUCUGUCCCAGCAAGCCCUCACCAGCUAUCCACAUGAAAUCAGUUCCAUGUGGGCCGAUAAAUGUUCAGGCACAGGUAAACUGUGGCUCAGGAGUGUUGUGGAUGAACUGGAAUCAGACAGAUGGUGCUGAUGGUUACACUGCCAGUGUGGUUGCCACUAGCAAUGGGGAUCAGCUAUACUGCAACUCUACUUCUCCAUCCUGCAGCCUCAGCUCUCUUAAAUGUGGCGAGUCAUAUGCCCUGCAGGUUCGAUCCUACAAUGGAACCUGCUUAAGCUUGCCCAGCCAACCUCUGAUUCUCAAAGAAGUGCCGUGCGUGCCAACCAAUGUGACGGUCAGGAGCACCUGUGGCAACAGCACUGUGGUCAUAUGGCAAGCCAGCCAUGGCGCUGUGUCCUACAGGGUCAUUGCUGUGGACAACAGAGGUCACCAGACGGAGUGUGUGUCCAAUGGGACCACAUGUAGCCUGAUGGAUCUGCAAUGCAGCCAAGUGUACAACAUUAGUGUGAUGGCCAUGGAUGAGGCCUGUACCAGCCAGAAGAGCCAGAGUGUUACCCUGCUGACAGCUCCUUGUGCUCCAACUAAUGUCCACAGUCUCGUGCAGUGCAGCACUAACACUGUAACAUUGAGCUGGGCCUCUAGCCCCAAUGCUGUGGCCUAUGUAGGAAGGGGAAUAGGAUCCGAUGGACACACCGUGAUGUGUAACAGUACUUCUCUGGGAUGCCAGCUAACAGGCCUGCACUGCGGUCAGGAUUACACUUUGAGAGUGGUUGCCAGUGACGGCACCUGUAUGAGCACAGACAGUGACAUCUACGUACAACCCACUGCUCCUUGUGCCGUGCAGGCCGUUUCUAAUUUCCUGCACUGUGACACCAACUCCAUAAGCAUGAGCUGGGCAGCGCGUGCCACAGAUCUGAACUACAGCGCCCUUGCCAGGCCUGCAAAUGGUACUGCACUUAACUGCACCUCAGGCAGCUCAAGCUGUGACAUCACAGGACUGCAGUGUGGUCUAAACUACACUGUUGUUGUCACUGCGACCAACAGAGUGUGCACAGGGCCGGAGAGUGUACAGCAGACUGUACAGACAGCUCCAUGUAUGCCUGUCUCUGUGCGAGCCAGUGUGAUGUGUGUCUGUAACACAGUGAGGGCAUCAUGGGGUCAGACGCCGGGCGCUCUCUCCUACACCAGCGUUCUGACUGGUCCAGGCAGAUACAGUCAGUCAUGCUCAACUUCCAGUCUCUCCUGCUCCUUCAGCAAUCUGACCUGUGCUCAGAUUUACACCCUCCGUGUGGUCGCCAACGACAACCACUGCAACAGCACUGUGAGUCCAGACGUCUCUGUGACAACAGCACCUUGUGACCCUGAUAGUGUGCGUGCCGACCUGCAGUGUGGCUCAGGUGUAGUGAACGUGUCGUGGCAUGCCAGCGCUGGUGCCAGUAUGUACACUGUCCUGGCAUAUGGGCAAAACCAGACGGUCCCUUCCUCUUCCUGCCUCACCUCCAGCACCUCCUGCGCCCUCACACAGCUGCAGUGUGGAGCGGUGUUUAACGUUAGUGUUCUCGCUGGCGACUCUCUCUGCAACAGCAGCUCACGGGCUGGGAUCACAGUGAAAACAGCUCCCUGUCCUCCCAGGUUGCAGGCUCCUUCCCUGAGCUGCAUCCGUGACCAGGCUGUGGUGUCAUGGACUGGUGACCAGGAUGCUAUGGGGGUCAGCGUAAAUGCCACAUCAUCCCUGGGUCACACUUUGAGCUGCAGCUCCGCAAACCACAGCUGUGCUCUGCAGGGCUUGCAGUGUGGACAGACCUAUGCUCUUCAGGGCACCAUCCAAGGCCUGCACUGCGAUAGCAACCCAAGUGCUCCACUCAAUAUAGUCACAGCCCCCUGCACUCCUGCAGGGGCGAGUGUGGAUUAUGUCUGUGGGACAAGUGUGGCAGUGUUGAGCUGGAACGAGAGCUUGGGGAGCAAGAGCUUUUUUGCCCGUGUGGAUACGAGGGACCACACAGACUCUUGCAGCAGCAACCAGACCCACUGCACUAUCUCAUCUUUGCUUUGUGGACAUAUAUACAAUGUCAGCAUCCAGGCAGUGGCAGGACAGUGCAACAGCAGCAAUGUAGCCAAGACACAGCUGCAAACAGCCCCCUGCAUUCCUCAGAAUGUCUCUGUUAGUCUGCAGUGUGCCAGUAACACAGCCUCAGUGUCUUGGUUGGCCAGCCCUGGUGCAGUGGGCUACAAUGUCACUGCUGUGGCACGUGACGGCGAUGCCAAAUUUUGCCUCACCUCAAUGACCACCUGCCAGCUGCCCAACAUGCGUUGUGCUCAGACUUAUGACAUCGUGGUCACACCCUUCUCAGACACAUGUAAAGGAUUCCAGAGCAGUGUUUUCACCUUAAGUGCAGGUCCAUGUCCACCUACUCAAGUUAACGCAUCUCUACGCUGUGAAAAUAGUGUUGGUUCUGUCAGCUGGCUGGCCAGUUUGCAUGCCGAUAUGUACAUUGCCACAGCGACAGGGAUAGAUGGCCACACUCACACCUGCACUACAAACACUACAAGCUGCUCGUUCUUGGACUUGCACUGUGGAGAAAACUAUACCAUUACUGUGGUAACUGUGGAGCGUGGCUGCCGAAGCGAUCCCAGCACACCUGUCAAGCUGAAAUCAGCUAUCUGUCCUCCAGCCAACCUGGCUGCGCAUACCUUCUGUGACACCAGUGACAUCUCCAUUACAUGGGACCCCAGCCCACAGUCCAACGUCACCUACUACUUGUUUUCCCAGCAGGUGGGUGGGCCUAACUCCACCUCCAGGACUAUGAGAACAUCCCUUACAAAGACAGGCCUUCAGUGUGGCUGGGUUUUCACAGUGCAGGUGGCUGCACAGGACAGCACCUGCACCAGCAGUUACAGCGCACCUGUGCAGAUCCAUACAGCUCCAUGCCCACCAUUGAACCUGGCAGCUACAGCUGAGUGUGGCACUAAUAUUGGAGACCUCAGCUGGCAAGGUGGUGCUGGUGCCCUGCUCUACAUUGCUGAUCUGUUAAGCGAUGAGGGUCAUUCUGUUUCCUGCAUGUCUAACACUACAUCCUGCAAGGUGAAGCUGGAGUGCGGACACCAUUACACAGCUGCUGUUGUCUCCUCCACUGGGUACUGCAACAGCACUGCAAACAGCACCGUCCAGUUUGACUCAGCCUCAUGUCUGGCUAAUAAUGUACAGGCUCAGCUAAACUGUGAUGCCAAUACACUGGCUGUGCAGUGGGCUGCUAUUAGUGGGAAUCCAAGCUCCUACACUGCUCUGGCCAUCAACAUGAAUGGCACACAUUCAUCUUGUGAAAGCAGCAGCACUUCCUGUACUAUUCAGAGCUUAGACUGUGGCCACACCUAUGGCAUUGCUGUGACUGCCUCCACCAUCCACUGCCAUGUCCAGGGCUCAGAGUACCAGGUGCAGUCAGCCCCAUGUGAAGCGGAGAGCCCAUCUAUUUCUCUGGAGUGCAGUACUAACAUUGCCACGGUAAGGUGGGACACCAGAGGGGCGCAGCAGUUGUACAGGGUGUCUGCAGUGAAUUUCACUGGUGAUGGAGCAGAGUGUAUGACAACAGGAUCAUCCUGCACCUUUCCCCAAUUCCGCUGUGGAGAGACUUAUACGGUCACUGUUAUGGGAGUGACACAGCAGUGCACCAGCCAGCCUAGCACAACAAUGGAGCUCAGCACAGCUCCCUGCAUCCCCACCCAUGUCAAGGCAACCUAUGACUGCUACACUUCAAUUGCCACGGUGACGUGGGACAUUGCCGGCGGCGCUGACAGUUACACAGUUUAUGUGGUGGAUAGCCAUGGAAACAGUGCCAACUGCUCAACCAUAGACACCACCUGUGACUUCACAGACCUGACAUGCGGAAAGGACUACAACGUCACAGUCAUCGCAGAGCAUGGUGACUGUCAAAGUCUGCCCAGUCAGCCUGUCAUCAUAUCCACAGGUCCAUGUCCUUACUCUAAUCUUGGUGUCUCAUUGGACUGCAGCAGUAACUCUGCCCUUGUUUCAUGGACACCGGGUGAUGGUAUUCUGUCUUAUAACGCCUCGGCUGAUGCUUAUGAUGUGGCCGAUCAUGUGACCUGUGGCACAGCCGGCACUACAUGUAACAUCACCAAUUUGCAGUGUGCUGCAGUCUACCAGAUCAGUGUCACUGGAGAAGGUCACACCUGUCUCAUCACUCCCCAAGAGUGGGUCACCAUUUCUACAGGCCCAUGCCCCCCAACGCAGGUGUCUGUCCAGUCCUCAUGUGACUCAGACAUUGUGUCUGUCUCCUGGGUACCCUCUCAGGACUCUCUCUUCUACCUGGCUAUUGCCCAGGGCAGUGGAGGUCAUAAAGCAAACUGCAGCGGCAAUGAUACAGGAUGUGACAUCAGUGGACUGCAGUGCGGAGAGAUGUACGAGAUUUUCGUGUCAGGAGUGGAUGAGGGCUGCAUUGGGCCAAAGAGUGAGGUCCACACCCUCAAAACUGCUCCUUGCGUGCCACAGAAUGUCCAGACAAUACUGGGUUGCCAGUCAACCAUGCUUAAUGUUACCUGGCAACAGAGAGGCGAAGCCUCCCACUACCAAGCCAUAGUGCAAAGCAGUGACACUCAUGUGACGACCUGUGACACGAACAAGACCUCCUGCGUGCUUCCCAACAUCCUUUGUGGCCUGACGUACAACGUGGCAGUGGUUGCCCAAAAUGAAAAGUGCCACAGCAUCCCCAGUUCCGUGCAACAUGCCAUCUCAGCUCCCUGCCCUCCCCACGAUAUCAGUGUGGUCCUGGACUGUGCUUCUAACACAAUCUCAGUGAACUGGUCCUCCAGUGUGCUUGGUGUCCAAUACAUGGCACAAGCCACCGGCCGUACACGGCACAACCACAUCACCGGCUAUUAUACAUGCAACAGCACAAACACAGGCUGUAACAUCACUGUGCCAUGUGGUAUGACGUACAACAUCACUGUAGUGCCUAUUCAGAAUGGCUGUGCUGGAGCCCAUUCACCCUACAAGAUCAUUCAGGCAGCUCCCUGUGUCCCCGUCCUGAUGAACGUGGAGAUGGACUGCCUGUUUGAUUCAGCCUGGGUGAUAUGGAAUGAGUCGGCGGGGGCAGACGUCUAUACUGCCAUGGCGAUGGACAGUGAUGGACAUCAGUAUGAGUGUAGCUCCAAUGACACAAUGUGUGCAGUUCCUGACUUACAGUGUGGGAAGCAUUACAACUUCAGCGUAACUGCCUUCAACAGCCAGUGCAGUAGUGCUGUCAGCAACUUAAUGGAGUCUGAGACAGCCCCCUGUGCCCCUGUAGGUGUGGGUGCAUCGGUGGGGUGUGUGAAUGGCACGGUGACUGUUUGGUGGGGAGAGAGUGUUGGGGCUGUGAGCUACACUGCUACACUCGAGCGCUCUGACGGCAACACCUCCUGCUGCACUUCAUAUAACACCACUUACUGUGUGGUCACUUCUCUUCCCUGCGGCCAAAUAUACGUUCUGACGGUCACUGCAGAGGGACGUACCUGUAACAGCUCUCAGAGCACGGCCACAAUCAUACGCACAGCACCCUGCACCCCGCUGGGUCUGACAUCCAGUGUAAUAUGUGACACUAACGUUGCCACCAUGUCAUGGGCGAAAAGUGCGGGUGGUCUGCUCUACACAGUCAACGCGGUUAGUGAGGACCUGAUGUUUUUGGACAGCUGCAACGGCUUUGAAGGCUCAUGUGAUCUGAGUGCCCUGGCCUGUGGACUCCAGUAUACUGCCACAGUUGUGGCGCAGGACAGCACCUGUGUCAGUGAGCCAAGCACACCCACACAUAUCAGGACAGUACCAUGUGUCCCUCCAAAGUUGAGUUUGAACGUGGACUGCCAGACUCGCAACCUGAAUGUGUCUUGGGAAGAGAGUCCAGGGGCAUCUUUCUACACAGCCACACUGAUGGACAGCUGGGGGCAUUCUACUAACUGCCAGAGCCUGUCUAACAGCUGCAACAUUAGUGGCCUAGCCUGUGGAAACAUCUACCAUGCCAGCGUGGUCGCUUCUGACUCAUUCUGCAGCAGCCAGCCCAGCGAUGUCGUCGAUACAGAUGCAGUUCCUUGUGCUCCAAGUAAUAUCCAGGCAGUGAUGGACUGUCAGACUGGCUCGGCUGUGUUGUCUUGGCAGUCCAGUGCUGGCGCGUUGGAGUACACAGCCACAGCAUUCAGCACAUCUGGCCAUGCCGUCUUAUGUGAGAGUAAUGAGACAAACUGUGAGCUUCUCCACCUAGUGUGUGGAUCCAACUACAGCAUCUCAGUGCAGGCCAAGGGAAACACCUGCGGAAUCUCUGCCUCUAUGAGUGGUUACCUGGAGACAGGGCCAUGUGUUGUGGAGCUUGUCAGUGUGAGUUACACCCCGUCUGUGGGACAGAUCUCAUGGGACAUGAGCAGAGGGGCAAUGAGCUACAUGGCUAUGGCCCUUACCGACCAGGGCCUUCAGACAUCCUGUUCAUCCCAGGACACAACCUGCGUGCUCUAUGGCAUGGCCUGUAGCCAGACCUACAACAUCACCCUCACAGCCAAGAACAGUGUCUGCCAGGGUGGGGUCGUCUCAACUCCUGUCACAGUGGACACAGAACCGUGUCCCCCAACCAAUGUGCAGGUGCGUGCGGUGUGCUCGCGCAAGGAGGGAGUGGUUGCGUGGGAGGCAAGUGCCGGCGCGGUGAGCUAUGUAGCUGUGCUGGAGGGCCGAGAGGGUGACACUCUGUCCUGCCAGACCACAGGGACAACCUGCAGCGUGUCUGGACUGCAUUGUGGGACAGUUUACAUCACCACUGUACAAGCUAUUGGCCUCAGCCUAAACAGCUCUAACAGUGAUGCUGUAGUGCUGACAACAGCCCCCUGCCUGCCGGACCCGAGCAGCACUACUGUGGCAGUAGGAUGUGAUAAAGACACCGCGUUGGUCAGCUGGGCUUGGAGUAAUGGUGCUUCAACCUAUGAGCUCACUGCUACAAGUAAUGACGGUUAUGUAGCGACAUGUGCCUCCCAGCAGAACUACUGCAACUUCACAAACCUGGUGUGUGGACAGACGUACAACCUCAGCCUGACAGCCGACAACGGAGUUUGUCAGGUUACUCAGGAUACAAGCAUCAACUUCCAGACACGACCCUGCGUACCGCUGCAUGUGGCAGUGAACUUGGAUUGUGGUUCAUCCACAGCUGUGCUGUCUUGGGAACAGAGGCUGGGUGUUGUGUACUACCAAGCCAGUGCCACCUUCAGGCCAGGAAGUGCAGCUGCAUUGUGUAACUCCACCACUGACAGCUGCCGAUUCAGUGGGCUGCAAUGUGGAGUAGAAUAUUCGUUCACUGUCAGAGCGCAUAGCCACCAGUGCCAUAGUGACCUCAGCUCCACUGUCCACGUCACAACAGAACCAUGUCAGCCUCAGCACCUCACUGUGGAUGGCUCCUGUGAAAACAACACACUUCUCCUGAAAUGGGAUGAUACUGCAGGCGCACUGGGCUACGUUGUCGUUGCCACAGGAAACCUGGGAUACACCAGCGCCUAUCAGACCAAUGUGUCCAUCCUGGAGGUGGGGCUUCCCUGUGGGCAGAGCUACAGUUUCACUGUCAUGGGGCAGGAUAAACGUUGUAACAGCCCACUGAGCAUCCCUGCAGAGUUCACAACUGCCCCAUGUGUGCCACUCAGUCUGGAAAGCUUUGUUCAGUGUGAGAACAGUGUGGGCUCUGUCAGCUGGGCCAGCAGUGAUGGAGCAGAAUCUUAUACUGUGGUUGCUAGGGGACAGCUUGGCCACACCCACAUGUUUAGCACCAAUGAAACUGUGUGCACCUGGAGUGACCUGGCGUGCGGAGAGAUCUACACCAUUCGGGUUGUCGCCAGCAACCUCCGCUGCAGCAGCGCCCCCAGCAACAGCACUGUCAUUCGCAUGGCUCCCUGUAUCCCUCAGAGAGUGCUGUCAUCUAUGGACUGUGAUCUGAAGGUGGGCUCGCUGACCUGGCUGCCCAGUCAGUCUGCAGAGUCCUAUGUGGUGACUGCAGAAGCCAGCAGCGGUCAUCGAGUGGAGCUGUCCACCAACAGCGCAAUGGUACAGAUCUCAGAGCUCCUGUGCGGCCAAGAGUACUAUCUGACUGUCCGAGCCAUCGGGCAAGGGUGCAGGAGUAGCGCCAGUAACGCCUCACUGUUGCAGACAGAACCAUGUCCACCUUCUGCUGUCUUCACCGAGAUAGACUGCUUCUCCAACAUUGCUGUGGUGAGCUGGUCAUUGUCAGACACUGCUGACCACUAUACCGCCAAAGCUCUUGGCCCUGACGGCCAGUCAGAGACAUGUAUGUCAUCGUCCAUGAGCUGUGGCAUAGCCACUCUGCAAUGUGGAGAGAAGUAUAAUGUUACAGUCACUGCAUCCAGUCAUCUGUGCACCUCCGCACCCAGCCAGCUCACUUACCUCAACACAGCACCCUGUGUUCCAAUGGGUGCAUCCGUAUCGAUGGACUGUACCAAAAACGAGGCACAUGUUUCAUGGAGUGCCAGCCAGGGGGCAGUGUCCUACCAGGCCAUCUCCCAAAGCAGAAGAGAUGAUGUCUCGUCCUGUAAUAGCACUGGCAAUGACACACACUGCAUUCUGAGCAACCUCACCUGUGGGAUAGCGUACACUGUCCAGGUGGUGGCCAUUGGGGGCCAGUGCUCCAGUUUACCCAGUCAGCCAUCAGUGUUCCACACAGUUCCAUGCAGCCCUGAUAUUGGCUCUGUGCUCCUCAACUGCUACGCUAACUCUUUGCUGCUGGACUGGAAUCCCUCUGGCAGCUCUGUCUCGUAUACCGCCAUCGCCCGAGCAACUGGUGGCCAAUUCUCAUCUUGCAGCACCAACUUCACCAGCUGUGAGCUGACACAGCUGAUGUGUGGUCAGACCUACAGUUUAACUGUGGCAGCCUCGGAUGGACAGUGCAGCAGCAAGCAGAGCACUGCCGUACAGGUGUCAUCAGUACCCUGUCGUCCUGAGAUCGUGCUGCCCAGCAUGAACUGCUCAUCCAACUCUGCACACGUGCAGUGGGGCACUGGUAGUGGGGCGGAGUCUUACGAAGUCCAUGCCAUUGGCACGAGAGGUCACGUGACAGGAUGUAACACCACAGAUCCUUCUUGUGAUUUACCCAACCUGCAGUGUGGCGAUGUUUACAACAUCAGUGUGGUUGCUGUUAGCAACCAGUGCACUGUAACAAACAAUGCAGUGACACAGCUACAUACAGUGCCAUGUGUUCCUGCCCCUCUGGACGCCAGUCUGGAUUGUGCAUCUGGAGCUGUUAGAGUGUCUUGGCAUUCUAGUAAUGGAGCCACGUCUUAUACAGCAGUCGCCCAGGCUUAUGCUGGUUUUACUUCAUCGUGCAACAGCAGCAGCACAACAUGUGUGUUCACCAAUUUGCUCUGCGGCCUGACUUACAGCUUCACCGUCUCUGCCUCUGACAAUAUGUGUAGCAGUGCAUACAGCCACAGCAUUCAGAUGAACACAGUUCCAUGUGAGCCACACACGCUCAGCGCCCACAUUGACUGUCAGAGCAGCACAGGACUUCUGUCAUGGGAACCUGGAGAGGGCGUAGUCUUCUACUUGGUGCAAGCAGUGGGAGCCGAUGGACACCAAAUGCAGUGUCACAAUACCAAUGCCAGCUGUUCCCUGCCCAACAUGCGCUGUGGCCAAUCAUACAGCCUCUCAGUCACUGCUCAGGACAACUACUGUAACAGCAGCGCAACCCAUCUAAAUCUGCAGUCAGUGCCCUGUGUGCCCACCAGGGUUCAGGCCUCCCUGCUCUGCAGCUCUAACUCUGCAGCUGUGACCUGGCAGACAGCCAGUGGGGUGCUGGGGUACCAGGUAGAGGGCGUUAGUGCAGACGGCCUCCACAAAGUCUCCUGUAACUCCAGCCUGCCUCAUUGUGACCUGCAGCAAUUGCACUGUGGGAUGUCCUAUAAUGUGACCGUGGUGGCGCUGGACAACACCUGCCACAGUGGCAGAAGCACCACAACACAGUUGCACGCAGCACCCUGUCCUCCCCAGAAUGUACAUGUCCAGAUGAACUGUUCUGCUGGUGCUAUGACCGUCACUUGGGCAGCCAAUCCAGAUGCAGAAUCCUUCCAUGUGGACGCGGUGACCAGCAGUGGCGCUAAUUUUACAUGUGACACCUCAGGCACAACCUGCUCAAUCAGUGGCCUGCCCUGUGGCCUUUCCUACUCUGUCACUGUGAGAGCAGUCAGAGGUGGCUGCCAGAGUGGACCGAGCACAGCUGUACAAACAUAUUCAGCUCCAUGCAUACCUCAGGGAGAGGCCGGUAGCCUUGACUGCGUGACCAACUCUGUCUGGGUGUCAUGGCAACAAACUGCAGGGGCAGAGUCCUACAUGGUGAUGGCAGUGGCUGCAAACGGUGCAAAUUCCAGCUGCAGCAGCUCUGCGCUCUUCUGCAAUGUUCCUAACCUGUUGUGUGGAGUUCAGUACACCUUCCACAUUACCGCUCUUAACUCUCAGUGUGCCAGUCCACACGGCAACACCUUCCAGAUUGAGACAGCUCCCUGUGCCCUGAUGGCCAUCACUGCAGAGACAGAGUGUAGUAGCACCUCCAUAAGCGUGAGCUGGCACUCAGAAGCGAGCUCCUCGUUCUACGUUGCCACAGCAGAGGGGCAAGACCUGAGCUUCCUGGAGUGCAGAAGCAAUAGCACCUCCUGUGUGCUAAUGGGGGCACGUUGUGGCAUGCAGUACACCAUACUGGUUUCCUCCUCAUCUGACAAGUGUAACAGCCUCCGCAGUCCACCAUACUACAUCAACACAGCCCCCUGCACUCCUGUGGGAGUAACACUGAAGCCGCUGUGUGAAUUAGAGGGAGUGCUAGUGUCCUGGGCUCACUCUGCAAUGGUCCAGUCCUACUCCCUUACAGCCACGGGCCAAGAUGGUGAUGUCCGCACCUGCAGCGGACCAGCUGAGAACUGCAGCUUGACCCACCUGCACUGUGGCCAGCUUUACACUGUCAGCCUCUCAGCUUCUGCCAGCAACUGCACCAGCCCCAGUAGCCAGCUCAUUACCUACCACGCAGCUCCAUGUGCACCACAGGACCUGGCUGUGUCCACACAUUGUGAGACCAGCUCGGCUACACUCUCCUGGUCCGCCAGUCAGGGCUCUGUAAAUUACUUCGGCUUAGCUCACACUUCCCUAGGGGACAAACUCUCUUGUGAGACCACGGGUACCACCUGUGACAUUGAGGGGCUGCAGUGCGGGAUGAUGUACAACUUCAGUGUGAAGGCUUCGGACAGAACCUGCAACAGUUCCUUGGGCCAGGGAUUACUGAUGGGAGCAGCCCCGUGUCCCCCAGCCUCAGUAACUGUCCGGACACAUGCCAAUCUGGUCCGUGUGUACUGGAGUCAAGUGACCUGUCCGGGGGUUGAGUACCUGGUAGAGCUAAGCGGCCGAAUCCAUGAUGACCCCCUCGCUCUUGUGCAGGUUUCGUCCUACUGGACAGAUAGGACGUACUUUGAAUUACUGGUACCCUGUGGCACGCUGUACUCAGUGACAGUCAGGGCCAGGAACCAAGCAGGAACCAGUGCACCAUCUGCUGCUGUUACUGGAGCUACAGUGCCCUGCCUAGUGCCGCCCAUCGACAACACAGGCAUAGUUGGUCGACGUAGGAGAGAUUUGCGAGAAGCAGAAAUGUUGGCUGGACUGAAAGAGAAAGAAGAGCUGCUGGUGCCUGAUGUGAAGUUCACCCAGGUGACUGGAGUGACCCUGCGUGUGGAGUGGACACCAGUCACGGGAGCGAGCUAUUACACUCUGAUUGUGAGGGAAGACACUCCCUCUCGUCCACUCAGAGAGGUGUUGACCAUCUACAAUGAGAUGUGGGAAGUCACUGACCUUGAACCCGCCACCCGUUACUGUGUGGUCCUGUCUGCUAAAAACUCCGUUACCCAGAGUGCCUAUUCCUCCCCCGUGUGCGUCACCACUGAAGCAAGCAUGUAAACGAUGUCUGAACUGUUUGAGCUAAGUUGGCCUUAGUAGGGAGAGAGAAGAACUAAGGAGAUGAAGAUCUUUGAGAAAGCCGUCAUUAAUUUUCAUAAUGGAUGCAAAAAAUUGUAAAUUUGAGACACUAGAAAAUAUAUUUUUUGAUUUUAUGCUUUGUCCGUAAAAAGACACGUUUGAAUCAGGGAUUUCGGAAACAGUGCCGCCAACUCUCAGCUUGUGCAGAAACAGCUGGUUCUAGAGGAUGUUCUAGAGGUCAGAGUGUUGUUGUCUGAAAGUCUUUAGUGUUGCAGCACCAAAUGAUUAACCUGUCAAAAGAAGCUAUUCGUAGUUUGAUGUUAGAUCUUCUUCUAAAUUAAGUACGAAAAUAUAACUGUUGGUGUAUUUCGAAUGAGAAUAUAUGUCUAGGUGCCUGAACCUGUUGAUUUGAAUCCGUGAACUGUUCUGUAGACGUCAGUUGAUUUGAUUUGAUUAUCGUUUGAUAGCUUAAGGAACUUUAAUGGUAUAUUACUGAGAUAAAGAGUCAUUUUCUGUAAUGGUAACAUUACUUGUUUCAAUCAUGAAUGUAUGGAAACCAAAUAGAUAGAGCAAAUAAAAUGCUACUUAUCAAGCAAUA